AUGAUCACGAAGUAAUUUAAAGAUUAUGCGUAUAUCGUUUCUCUUACUUGAAUUAAAACUGUACGUUUAGAAAUAGUAUAUUAACGUAAUUAUAUUUAGAUUUGAUUAUUAUAGAUAUGGAAGUAGUUAGAAGUAUAUGGAAAAAUCCUGUUUUAUUAUAUAAAACCGGACUACGAGCAUCAUUUAGAAAUAGUAGUAGUUCUGCAUCAAAAGUAACAAAAAAAGAAGAUGUUUCUAUACAAGACAAUGAUUUACAAUUAUCAAAUAUAAAUGCAGAUAUAAGUAACCAAAAUGAUAUAACAUUUAAUGCUCUUGUUUCAACUGAAGAAUUAUUAGCACAAAUAGGAUUGGCAAGGGAAUUUGCAACAGAUAGUAAAGUUGAACAUCCUUAUGUUGAUAAAUUAAAAAGAGUGCAAAUGAUUUUAUUUGAUUUAAGUCAUGCUAUAUUAAAACCGAUGCCAGGAAAAAGUAAAGCAUUUGAAAGUAAACAUAUCAAUGAUUUGGAAGAAUGGAUAGCAGAAUAUGCCAAUCAACUACCACCUCAAGAAACCUAUAUUAUUCCAGGUGGUGGUAAGGCUUGUUCUACAUUACAUUCAGCGAAAGCAGUAUGCAAACGAGUAGAAAGAAAUGUUGCAUUUUUGGUUCAAGAUGGUUUAUUGAAUAAAGAAGCACAAAUAUAUUUAAAUAAAUUACAAAACUUCCUACUAACAACAUCACGUAUUGCAGCCAAAUGUGAUCAACGUACAGAAAAUAUUUAUAUUCCUAGAGUAGAAGUUGAAAAAAAUGAGGAAAAGUAAAAUUUAUGAAAAAAAUUUGUAGAUUUUUAUUUUUAUUGUAAAAAUAAUAUAACAAUCAAAUAUUGUAUGCAAAAUUUAUGCGAUAAUAUUUUUUCUAAAUGUAUCUUCAUAGUAGAUAAGUUGUAAAUAUUCUUUGAUGAAAUUAUAAUUAUCAGUUACUAAUUAUAUUCUAUUAUUGUAUUAUU